AUGGCGAUGAUGAUGACUGGCCGUGUGCUGCUGGUGUGUGCCCUCUGCGUGCUGUGGUGCGGUUUUUCUGGAAUUGCGGCCGAUUUUGUCGGCAGUACCAAUGGCAGUGCGGGUGAGUAUUGGGUCUCGUGGUGGAUCACUCAGCUGCGGAAGGAAUGCGCGGAGGAGGUCAUCAGGAGGACGGGAGGCAGGACGAAUGUGUCUGCCGUUGAGGAAUGCGUGCGUCAGGGGAUGGACGGUGUGCGUGCCGUUUUGGAUGGCCGCAGCCGUUGGAGGCCUCAACGCUCUGCCGUUGUUGUUGUUGUUGUUGCUGCUGAAGAUGGUGGGGAUCCUGUCAAAAACGGCGACAGUUCGGAACGGUCAUUUUCAUCGGAGCAGAGUUUGCAGGCGGGACGAGUUUUACCAGCAGGAGGAGGAGGAGGAUCUGGAAGUUUGCCGGGAGGUGAGGGUGGCACGGGAAAUAACCCACCACCGCCACAUUCUCCUCCAACAGGACCAUCUCUACCGACUCUACCAGAAAAACAGGCAUCAUCAGCAGCAGCAGCAGAAGAAGAGGAAGAAGGAGUAAAAUCAGAUCCAAAAAACAAUGAAAAUAACCCGGGAGAAAGACUACAAGAUCGAC